GCUGCGACGGAGGCGGCCGAAAAGCGCUCGACCUAGAGUUCGUGUCGAAGACUCGAGUGAAAGCUGGCCUUUUCCCUGCUAUUAUCUUCGUUCGUAGAUAAGGGAAUUUAGCCAUAUGAUGUCGUUGCGUGACAAAAUGAGCUAGUUUGCGAGACUCAGUUACUGCAGCGGGAGAACGCUUACAUAAUAAGCUACUGUAUCCCCCAUCGCUCGUCUGCCGGGAAAAUGAAGUGCAACCCCAGCUUGCUUCAGGUGCAAGCUGCAUCCAAUAGGAACCUCUUCGUCGUUUCAGUCUACAACGCUGGCCACCCCGAUGCAUCCCUUUACUUCGUUACGCUCCCAGUUUACUACUUCUGACAUGGACUAUGAGAGACCAAACGUUGAGACCAUCAAAUGUGUAGUGGUCGGGGACAAUGCGGUGGGGAAAACCCGUCUGAUCUGUGCCAGGGCCUGCAAUGCCACUCUGACACAGUACCAGCUGCUGGCCACGCAUGUGCCCACAGUGUGGGCGAUUGACCAGUACCGAGUGUGUCAGGAGGUUUUGGAACGUUCUAGAGAUGUGGUGGAUGAUGUUAGUGUGUCUCUGCGUCUGUGGGACACCUUUGGAGACCACCACAAAGACCGUCGCUUUGCAUAUGGAAGGUCAGAUGUGGUGGUCCUUUGCUUCUCCACUGCAAACCCAAACUCUCUUUUUCAUGUCAAAACAAUGUGGUACCCAGAGAUCAAACACUUCUGCCCUCGCGCUCCUGUUAUUUUGGUAGGGUGCCAGCUAGACUUGCGAUACGCAGAUCUGGAGGCAGUCAACAGGGCUCGACGCCCUCUUGCCAGACCAAUCAAAUCAAAUGAGAUCCUUGCCCCAGAAAAAGGUCGUGAAGUGGCCAAAGAGUUGGGGGUGCCGUACUAUGAGACCAGUGUGGUGGCGCAGUUCGGUGUGAAGGACGUGUUCGACAACGCCAUCCGUGCAGCGCUUAUCUCACGGCGCCACCUGCAAUUCUGGAAGUCACACCUGCGCAACGUGCAAAGGCCCCUCCUGCAAGCACCCUUCCUUCCCCCCAAACCGCCACCACCCCUCAUCACCGUCCCCGCGCCCCCCUCGACCCCAGACGAGCACCCCGGUCGCCUGCUGGAGGACCCGCUGUGCGCAGACGUGGUGCUGGUCUUGCAGGAGCACCAGCGCAUAUUUGCCCAUAAGGUCUACCUGGCCACAGCCUCCUCCAAGUUCUACGACCUGUUCUUGGCCGACGUACGGGCCGAGGGGGAGGCUGGGCAGCAGCCGGCCGGGCGGGAGCCCCCGACGCGUGCGGCCAGCUUUGAUGCGUGCGAGAGCGGAGAGGAGGCAGGCCGCGUGGGCCUCAGGGCCUGCAUUAGCGAUGGGACCCUGAUCGGGGGUGACUCGGACGCGGACCAGGAUGCAGGACACUCAGGCCGCCUGCCGUCAUCCUGGGGGAGGGCCUUUGUGGGCAUCCAGAGGGAGAUGGUGGAUGACCCCAUCACUCACAUGACUCGGCCGAUGACGGUGGUGUGCAUGGACCCGUCGGUGCUGGCCGGUCCGUUCCGAGUGGUUCUGCGCUACCUGUAUACAGGCCAGCUGGACGAGCAUGAACGAGACCUCAUGCACAUUGCACACAUUGCAGAGCUGUUGGAGGUGUUUGACCUGCGCAUGAUGGUGGCCAACAUUCUCAAUAAUGAGGCUUUCAUGAACCAAGAAAUCACAAAGGCUUUCCACGUAAGACGGACGAAUAGGGUGAAGGAGUGUCUCGCCAAAGGGACCUUUUCAGACGUAGUGUUCAAGCUGGAUGAUGGCACAGUGCAAGCCCACAAACCGCUGCUGAUAUCCAGCUGUGACUGGAUGGCAGCGAUGUUUGGGGGUCCUUUUGUGGAGAGCUGCACCAAGGAGGUGCUCUUCCCCAACACCACGCGCAGCAGCAUGCAGGCGGUGCUGGAGUACCUGUACACUGGACGCUUCUGCUCCAGGCUCGACCUGGACGCCAUGGAGCUCAUCGUCCUGGCCAACCGCCUCUGCCUGCCUCACCUGGUGGCCCUCACAGAACUCUACACAGUGACUGUUCUGAAAGAGACCGCCUCCACUGGAACGGACAUCGAUGGAGACGUACUGCUCUACCUGGAGAUGGCCCAGUUCCAUUGUGCCUAUCAGCUCACCGACUGGUGCCUUCACCACAUCUGCACCAACUAUAAUAAUGUCUGCCGCAAGUUCCCACGUGACAUGAGGGCCAUGUCAGCAGAAAACCUGGACUACUUUGAGAAGCAUCGCUGGCCACCCGUUUGGUAUCUGAAGGAGGAUGAUCACUAUCAGAGGGCAAGGAAAGAGCGGGAAAAGGAAGAUUAUCUGUACCAGAGACGGCAGAGCAAACGCAAGUGGGUCCUCUGGAACCUGCCCUCGCCAACCAACCCUUCUUCAUCCUCCGCCUCUUCCUCCUCCAGCUCGGCCAUCAUCUGAAACGUCCUGCUUGUGUUGCUAAAACGUUCGGACCCAGAAACAAAGACAGGAGAGGGUGGAAGUAGCCUACGUGCAGUGAGCUGACAGACACUGCCAUCCUCUCUCCCUCUCCAGCCACCUCACGUACACUGUGUGUGUCGAGGCUGACGUUGGGUCUCCUGCUGCUGCUGAGGAGCUGGUUGACUAGAUAAGAUAUGUGAGUCUUACUAGGAGUGGCUCCAUCUAACCUUCCUCUUGCCCUUUUGUGAAUUCAAUUCGGAGUUGCAGAAGCUUUGCUGCAUCUCAUCCUUCCCAUCUCAGCCGAGAUGAGUUGCGGGAUUAUGUGUUAUACCUUCUACAAUAUUGAUAUUCCUUUCAUGAAAGUCAUCAUAUCUCUCAUAUAACAGAAGCAGUAUAAUCAUUGAUUUUUCAAUCCAUUCCCCUAUUUCAUCAGAGUGGAAAAACAGAGAUAGGCCUACAACAGGAUUGGAAUUCAGCAAGGUGAAGUAAUGAAUUUGUAAGUGGUAAAGGAGCUAAUCCACAAAAACAUGCCUUGACAACGGCUUGAAGAGCAAUCUUCAGCCGGUUACAAUAUAGUUUGCAGUUAUAAAACGUCAGUUUUGGAGCAGUGCAAGGAGAGUCUAACAGAUCUAAUAGAGGUAUUGUCAUAGUUCAUAAUGUAUUUUCACACAGAUAACUUUUAAAUGACAAAAUGUCACUCUGGCAUUCUCAGAGUACAGAGGGGCAUUAAGUCAUCUGAGAAUCCCUUAGCUGAAGAUGACCCAUGACUGUGGUGUUUGUCCAGCAUGUUUACACUGCAACACACUGUAUCAGUGGGUGAAGAGUCCCCCAUGUUUUUCUCUGCAGGCAGAGGCGAAGAUGGUAUUUCUACCCUUUAGCUGUAGUCUUACACUGCCAUUCGGUUAUACUUAUCUAUACGUAUACUUACAGAAAUCACUACUGGACAUUUUUGGUAUUUUUUUGCUGCCUAUGAGAGAGCAUUGAUUACAUUCCUUCAUAUUUACUCUGUACAGUUUGGUACAUACAGUAUAUUGUAAACUUCUGUUAUGGUGGUUUGUUAAUCACUUUGAUUACUCUAAUAGUGAAUCAUUGUCAGGUUGAAGAAAAUUACUUCAUAGUUAAAAAAUCAUUUCUGUAUACAUGUCUACUGUACAAUACGUCUGAGUGUACUUUAAAUUGUUGUAUGGACUGCUGUCACUUGUGGAGCCCUGCACCAAGCUAAAUAUAUUGAGUAUUGAAUGUGUACUUUGUAAGCUAAGCAGAAGCAGAGUGAAAUGCAUGCUGCAUAUCUUGGGGUGUUUUCCUGUUUUUGUUCCACCAAACCUACCGGUAUGUUGUGUGCAACUGUAUUUGUCUAUUUUCAUGUAAUCAUGUUGUGGCACUUGUGAACAUCUGUCAGAUAUCUGCAUGGAAAUAUUUUCAGAUCAGUGUAUAGUAUAUGAAAUAUAUACAUAUAUAAAAUCAUUGUGUAUAAAAUUG